CUUUAAAGCACAGAAGUCGAGAAAGAAGUUGUGUUCACCUUUUCUAAAAGGAAAAUCUUUUCAAAAAUGGCUUCACAGAACGUAGACCCGACAAGAGUUAAUCCCAACACGAGAAAACAGAGAGAUAAAAGCGAGCUUUUGUCCGGCGGCUUGCAUUCUGUCACUCAAAGGUCGGUUGAAAAUAUAUGGUGACAACAUUGACAUUCUGCAGUAUUGAAUAGUUCAAGUGUUUUAUAUACGAGUACAGUAAAAUAUAUUCGUACCUUUUAAAUCGUUUUUACUUAAUAGCAUAGAACCAGUUAGAUUUCCUUGUGUUUUUUUAGACUUCAGCAAGACUUGAUGACCUUAAUGGUAAGCUCAAAGCAAAUGUUAUAAACUACUGUAUAUAAAACAUCCCUCUCAGAUAUUUUUGGCAAAUUUAUAUUAAAUACCAAUGGUAGAGAAAAGUAGUUUUAUGGCUGGUUUAUUAAUACACUAUCAGAGUUUCUGUGAUCACAGUUGAUUGUGAUUACAAAUCCUUCAAAAGUUAGAAUUUACCUAUCCAAAAUUCCUUCUGGGAUCACAGAAACCUUUGAUAAAUAUAUUACCAUCCAACCUUAGAAAUGAACUAAAAGCAUUUCCCAUUUUGGCAAUACCAAAUGGGUAGAACAAUUUACAAGGCCAACACUUUCCCAUGGUCUGAUGUUAGAUAGACAUUGAGACUAAGUAAAAUAUUAGGUAGGAUCCUGUUUGGGGGUGGCCCCCCCCCCCCCCCCCAAUGUUUUGUGAGGUGUAGUUCUACUGUGAAUUUGUCCAAUUCCAAUGAAUUGAGGGCAUUGAAUUCAGACUUGUUCUUUACAGUGUAGUGGUGAAAAAUACGUCUCGGGUUUUCCUGAUGGCGAUAAUCUGUUCCACUGGAAAGCAACGAUAACUGGCGCAGAAGGCACGGUAAGGACAUGCAUGUGAUAAUGGAGAACAUUUUUAUCUUGAAUGCUGGGUUUGGUGGAUCGGCAUUGUUUAUUGCUAUACGCACACAACAGUAAAUAAUUUUAUUGUUCACCAAAGUCUAUUUGAUUCAUCUAUCAUUUUUCCAUUUUUAGGCUUAUGAAGGUCUUGAAUACAAGCUCGAAAUCGAGUUUCCUGAUCGGUAUCCAUUCGCCGCUCCCAAAGUUAAAUUCCUUACGCCAUGUUACCAUCCAAAUGUUGACAAUCUAGGAACGAUUUGUCUUGAUAUCCUGAAGGUACGUUGAAACCUGGAGAUGUUAUGUCAGUAACACCCACCCCCCCUGGAAACUAGGGUCCACUCUCCCACCCCCCACUAAUAUAACUAGGUAACUUGGGUCAUCAUACCCCUCCCCAGAAAAUGUUUGACCAACCCCAUGCGCAGAUCAUUCCUACUUUGUGAGAUGAACAUCAUACCAGAUGAAUCUACAAUUCUUUCCAGCCUGAGUGUAUUUCUGUGUUUAGGACAAGUGGUCGGCAUUGAUGGACGUCAGAACAGUUUUGCUCUCAAUUCAUCUGCUUCUAUCAGGUCAACUUUGAAAUUUUAAAAUGCAUCCUACCCAAUAGAUAUUCUAAAGAAAUCAAUUGGACAAAUGCUGUCCAAUUAAUUAGAAUUGGGUCGUCCCAGAAAAGAUCCAUACUCCCCCCACGGAGGAAAUUCACUGAUGAAAUUCUGAUGAUAGUAAAUGUAUUAGGACAUCCAAAGGGGGUGGUAUGGAUGUUUUCUGGAAUGACCCAUCACAGUACUGAAUUGAAAAAGUUUUAAAACAAAACUAAUUAAUUAUAUAGAAAAUUAAAAUUCAACUUAUAAACAAAAUUAAUCGCAUUACAGUAACUGCAUUUGCAGUGAAGAUGUGGAAGUCUGGUAAUGAGAUACUUUUUUGUCCAAUGUGGCUAUCUCAUCUCUUAGACACUGCCAUUUUGAAGGAUCCCCGAUCCGAUACCCUUAAAGACCCUGUGUCCAAUGUCACAGGUUACUGUACAACAAAAAUAUUUAGAAUAAACUAUAAUGAUUGAUAUUUUGUCUUUCAGAACCAAAUAAUAAAGAUCCUCUAAAUGCUGAAGCAGCGCAAAUGUGGCAAAACAAAACCGGUUAGUUCCUUGACAAGCCGACAAUUUUUUUUACUUCGUAAAUAGUUGAGGGUUAUAUGUUAGUUAUUCAAAAUCUGAUAUCAAAUUUUCUAUUUAUUUUAGAAUAUGCAGCAAUGGUACAACGAAAGCACAGAGAGCAUGCAGCAAAAACUGAAUAAUAACAUAAAUAUCCAUGAAAUCUAUUCCAAAUGAUUGGAUGCACAAAUGUAAUAUAAAAAUAAUAUAAGCGCAGAAUAUUAUAACAUAUCCAAGUGUUUUGGGAAAAAAUUGUUGGUGUGUACAAAUAAUUCGUGAAGGCAUUUGACUUGGUUUGUAAAAUUAGAAUUUAAAAACUUGGAGAAUGGAUGGUAGACUAUUACUAUACCAAACAUUUUUUGCAAGCCAUAUAGUGCUUAAAUUGGCUGAGCUUUAUGUAAAAAGAACUUAAAUAUUUGUUGCUAUAUACAAUAUGACUGUACAGUUAAUAGAAAUACUUGUCAUUUAUAGUGCAAUAAAAAUGAAUGCAAAGCACAAUGAAAUGUAUUUUGGGGUAAACGUUUAUCGACACUGUAGUGUUGUGUACAGUAUG